AUGGACAACAUCGACGAGGAAUAUGACCGGCUUGUUGAACACCUUCACGACUGCGCGAAGAAGGCUGAGAGUUUUAAGAUCACCAAGAGACGUCUGUCUCUUGAAACUCUUGAGCUGACACGCCAGCAUGGAGCAGCACGAGCGGCAGGGAACCGAGAACUCAAGUCCGAGCUCGCAAGGUUUUGCAGAGAGGUGAUAAAGGAAGGCCUUAAAAAGAGAAGAGCAGAAGUGCUCGCAGAAGCUGCAGAGGCGGAGAAAAGCGUCCGCUAUGCCCGUCGAGACUUCGCCAGUCGCAAGACGAUGAUGACUGCUCUCCGGAGCCCAAAGGGAACAGCCAUUGCAUCGAGAAGGGGGAUGGAGAAAAUCAUCUACGACUUCUACUCUGAUCUCUUCGACAGCCAUGUCCAUUUGCCUCCUCACCACCUGAGGAAAGAUGGACUAGUCAUUCCGGAGGUUCUCCCGUCCGAAAUACGACGUGCUAUCAUGUCGGUAAGAAAUCGUACGGCACCCGGUCCCGACAGAAUAAGGCCAGAACACCUGAAGAACCUUCCGCCAGUACUCAUUAACACCCUGGCGAAGCUCUUUACACGUUACUUGUCGGAAUGCAAGGUUCCUAAACAGUGGAAGAUCAACAAGACCGUGUUGUUGUAUAAAAAGGGAGAUCCACAUGACAACUAUCGUCCAAUCUGCCUACUGUCCGUCAUCUACAAGCUCUUUACAAGAGUAAUCUUUAAUAGGAUUGACAAAGUCUUGGAUGAAGGCCAGCCAUGCGAGCAAGCAGGGUUUCGAAAAGGAUUCAGCGCGAUUGACCACAUUCACACUGUUUCGAAACUCAUCGAGGUAUCACGAGAGUACAAGAUGCCGCUCUGUCUCACCUUCAUCGACUUGAAGAAGGCCUUCGACUCAGACUUGCACUGUUACAAGGCAAAGGCUUCCCAUACAUUGUAA